AUGUCAGGGUGCCCCACAAAGACACCUCCAACGCCACAAAAGGAACCUCCAACGCCACAAAAGCUACACCAACGCCACAAAAGCUACACCAACGCCACAAAAGCAACCUCCAACGCCACAAAAGCUACACCAACGCCACAAAAGCAACCUCCAACGCCACAAAAGCUACACCAACGCCACAAAAGCAACCUCCAACGCCACAAAAGCAACCCCCAACGCCACAAAAGCAACCUCCAACGCCACAAAAGCAACCUCCAACGCCACAAAAGCAACCUCCAACGCCACAAAAGCAACCUCCAACGCCACAAAAGCAACCCCCAACGCCACAAAAGCAACCUCCAACGCCACAAAAGCAACCUCCAACGCCACAAAAGCAACCCCCAACGCCACAAAAGCAACCUCCAACGCCACAAAAGCAACCUCCAACGCCACAAAAGCAACCUCCAACGCCACAAAAGCAACCUCCAACGCCACAAAAGCAACCUCCAACGCCACAAAAGCAACCUCCAACGCCACAAAAGCUACACCAACGCCACAAAAGCAACCUCCAACGCCACAAAAGCAACCUCCAACGCCACAAAAGCUACACCAACGCCAGAAAAGCUACACCAACGCCACAAAAGCAACCUCCAACGCCACAAAAGCUACACCAACGCCACAAAAGCAACCUCCAACGCCACAAAAGCUACACCAACGCCACAAAAGCAACCUCCAACGCCACAAAAGCAACCCCCAACGCCACAAAAGCAACCUCCAACGCCACAAAAGCAACCUCCAACGCCACAAAAGCAACCUCCAACGCCACAAAAGCAACCUCCAACGCCACAAAAGCAACCUCCAACGCCACAAAAGCAACCCCCAACGCCACAAAAGCUACACCAACGCCACAAAAGCAACCUCCAACGCCACAAAAGCUACACCAACGCCACAAAAGCAACCUCCAACGCCACAAAAGCAACCCCCAACGCCACAAAAGCAACCUCCAACGCCACAAAAGCAACCUCCAACGCCACAAAAGCAACCUCCAACGCCACAAAAGCAACCUCCAACGCCACAAAAGCAACCCCCAACGCCACAAAAGCUACACCAACGCCACAAAAGCAACCCCCAACGCCACAAAAGCAACCUCCAACGCCACAAAAGCUACACCAACGCCACAAAAGCAACCUCCAACGCCACAAAAGCAACCUCCAACGCCACAAAAGCAACCCCCAACGCCACAAAAGCAACCUCCAACGCCACAAAAGCAACCUCCAACGUCACAAAAGCUACACCAACGCCACAAAAGCAACCUCCAACGCCACAAAAGCAACCCCCAACGCCACAAAAGCAACCUCCAACGCCACAAAAGCAACCUCCAACGCCACAAAAGCAACCCCCAACGCCACAAAAGCAACCUCCAACGCCACAAAAGCAACCUCCAACGCCACAAAAGCAACCCCCAACGCCACAAAAGCAACCUCCAAACGCCACAAAAGCAACCUCCAACGCCACAAAAGCAACCCCCAACGCCACAAAAGCAACCUCCAACGCCACAAAAGCAACCUCCAACGCCACAAAAGCUACACCAACGCCACAAAAGCAACCUCCAACGCCACAAAAGCAACCCCCAACGCCACAAAAGCAACCUCCAACGCCACAAAAGCAACCUCCAACGCCACAAAAGCAACCCCCAACGCCACAAAAGCAACCCCCAACGCCACAAAAGCAACCCCCAACGCCACAAAAGCUACACCAACGCCACAAAAGCAACCCCCAACGCCACAAAAGCAACCUCCAACGCCACAAAAGCUACACCAACGCCACAAAAGCAACCUCCAACGCCACAAAAGCAACCUCCAACGCCACAAAAGCAACCCUCAACGCCACAAAAGCAACCCCCAACGCCACAAAAGCAACCUCCAACGCCACAAAAGCAACCUCCAACGCCACAAAAGCUACACCAACGCCACAAAAGCAACCUCCAACGCCACAAAAGCUACACCAACGCCACAAAAGCAACCUCCAACGCCACAAAAGCAACCUCCAACGCCACAAAAGCUACCUCCAACGCCACAAAAGCAACCUCCAACGCCACAAAAGCAACCUCCAACGCCACAAAAGCAACCUCCAACGCCACAAAAGCACCCUCCAACGCCACAAAAGCACCCUCCAACGCCACAAAAGCACCCUCCAACGCCACAAAAGCACCCUCCAACGCCACAAAAGCAACCUCCAACGCCACAAAAGCACCCUCAAACGCCACAAAAGCACCCUCCAACGCCACAAAAGCACCCUCCAACGCCACAAAAGCAACCUCCAACGCCACAAAAGCAACCUCCAACGCCACAAAAGCAACCUCCAACGCCACAAAAGCAACCUCCAACGCCACAAAAGCAACCUCCAACGCCACAAAAGCAACCUCCAACGCCACAAAAGCAACCUCCCAACGCCUGGAUGGAAUAA